CGGCCCAAAUGUUCAGAUAGCACUUUCUGAAAGAUCAGGUGCCCAAAUAACAGAACCCCGGGUGUUUCGCGCGUAUCUAACUCAACAACCAGGACCAGCCAGACAAUCUCCAACCAUCUCACAACCUGACCUAGCUCUCCUCCGCCGUCCCCUUCCCCGUCCAAUCCGCCGGUCGAACUGACCGCCACUGCACGGGCGGCGCGCCGGCGACAACUCAUUGUGCACCGGCGAUCACGGGGAGGACGUCAAGAUGAGCAUGAUCGACGUGCUGACCCGGGUGGACGCCAUCUGCAAGAAGUACGACAGGUACGACGCCGACAAGCACCGGAAUGACGCCGCCGACCCCUUCUCGCGGCUCUACGCCGACAUCGACGCCGUGAUCGACGAAGCUAUGGAGAAAUCAGAGAGGGCCGCGAGGGAGACGAACCGGGCGGCGAAGGUGACCCUCAACGCCGGCGUGCGGCGCACCAAGGCCCGGCUCAUGGAGGAUGUGGUCAAGCUCCAGAAGCUAUCCGUCAAGAAGAUGAAAGGGGUCUCGGCGGAGGAUAUGGCGCUGCGGCCUGAUCUGGUCGCAGCAUUGCAUCACAGGAUCCAUUCCAUCCCCGUCCCCGAGGGAGGCGGCGGCGAGGGCGGCGCGGCGGGUCAGAACGGCGCUCGGACAGGGAUUCAGUUCGAUUCUUCAGCUGAAACUUUGGAUGAGGGCUACUUCCAGACCAGCGAAGAAUCUGAGGCUUUCAGAAGAGAGUACGAGAUGCGCAGGAUCAAACAGGAUGAAGGGCUGGACUUCAUUUCCGAAGGCCUGGACACGCUGAAAAACCUAGCAGAGGACAUGAGUGAGGAACUGGACAGGCAGGUUCCCUUGAUGGAUGAAAUUGACAAAAAGGUGGAUAAAGCUAACUCCGAGCUAAGAAAGACUAAUGUCAGGCUUAAAGAAACAGUUAACCAGUUUCGAUCGACCAGGAACUUCACAGUCGACAUCAUACUGAUCUGUGUCAUUCUUGGCAUUGGUGCUUAUCUCUACAAUGUACUCUCCCAGUGAAUCUUCAGAACAUGGUAGCAACAGCAAUUCAGCAUGCCCUGUUCUGUCCUACAACUGUACUGCACUUGCAGAGUACUCAUUCUGAAGUUACUGUGU